AUUUGUGCUCACGUGUAACGCCCGAGUAGAAAAAAAUUAUUUAUUCACAUCGAUUGUGUUUGUUCUUGCAUCGGGCGUCAUCUGUUCUACUUUUCAUUAGUGUCAUGAAUUCAUUAAAUCAUUUAACUUUAAAACAAAAACAAUGUAUAGAAGCGACUUUCUCCUUUUUAGACACGAAUAAUGAUGAACAUUUGAAUCAGAAUGAAACAAUAACGUUAUUACGGUGUUUAGGUCAAACAGGGUCCACAAAAGAUUUGCUAAACAAAAUAACGCCUUAUUUUGUAGAAAGCAAAACAAAAAAUGAAAAGAAGGAAAGCAGUGAAGAUAAGCAAGUGAGUAAUGAAAUCAAUAUCAAAACAUUUUUAACAUUAUUUCAACAACACUAUACUUCGCCCAUAGAUGAAAAUUUACUGAGUGAAGCGUUUCAAUGUUUUGAUACAGAGUUCAAUGGAAGAUUAUCAUUUAAUGAACUUCAAUAUAUCUUAACGUUCCCUGGAACAGAACCUUUUACCAGUGACGAAUUAAAUGUUUUAUUCACGCAUCUUAAAACAAUUUACGGCAAAGCGUCCACAAUUCAAGGACUCGAUACGCACGACUUUACUGAAAGAUUAAUCUUUGGACCUUCCCAUACAACUAGGUAAUAGUUGUAAUAUUUUUUUUUUACUUAUUAACAAAAAUGGAUACUAUAAAUAGUUUAAAAUUAAGUCUUUUUUUUUGUAAAGGAAACGGUAGACGAAAGAAAAACAUUGUUUUGAUACCAAAA